AUGAGUGAUAAUUGUGAAGGAGAUAGAAAUAGUGGCCACAAUGAAUAUGGAGGAGCAAGCUCCACAGAGAGAAAGAAUUUGGGCAGAAAACAUACUCGUUAUACCAGUGAUCAAGUUGAAGUAAUGGAAGAAGUGUUUAAGAUGUUGCAACAUCCUGACGAAAAGGACAGACAAGAACUAAGGACUAAACUGGGUCUCACAUCACAGCAAAUUAAAUUCUGGUUUCAGAACCGGCGCACGCAAGUAAAGGUUCAGCAGGAGCGUACUGACAACGCUAAUUUGCGUACGGAAAACGAGAGAUUCCGACUGGAUAGACAGGCGCUGAGAAAUACACUUAACAAUAUCAGGUGUCAAACGUGCGGAGGAUCUAAUUUCAUGACAGAGAUGGUUCACAAACAGCAAAGCUUGGCUCUAGAAAAUGAGCUUUUAAGAACGGAGAUUGAAAAACUGAAUGCAGUUGCCUCGAGUUGUGUUGGAAGAACAAUCCCCUUGUUAGAAACCAGAGCAGAUCAAUCACAGAUGAUGUACUCUUCACACCAUGAAGAGGGAAGCUCAGGACAGAACCAGAUUAGAUUGCCCACACCCACUUGUGUUUCAUUGGAUGAAUCCUCGGCAAUGGAAGCUGCGCAAAAGGCCACUGAAGAAUUUAUCUGGAUGGUAGACGCAAACGAGCCUGUUUGGGUGAAGAAACCUUUUGCGGAUGGUACAAUAGAAAUUCUGAAUACGAAUCAGUUGUACGUAACAUUUCCUCAGGGCAUGGGGCUCAGCAGCAACAUGAAGAGAGAAGGCAGCAGGGACACCUCAAUUGUUUCUAUCACAGGAGCUGAAUUGGUUGAUCUCUUCAUGGAUGUGAAUAAAUGGAAGAAAAUAUUUUCAUUAAUUGUAACAAGAGCAGAGACCUUGCAAGUUGUGUCUCAAGGGGUUGGUGGUCACAGAAAUGGUUUACUUCAACUGAUGUAUGCUGAGCUACAGAUUCUAUCUCCUCUUGUUCCCACGAGACAUAUAUCUUUUCUUCGGUUUUCCCAGCAGCCAACCAAUGGAAUGUGGAUAGUGGUAGACUUUUCUCUAGAAAAUUUGAACUACAGUAUUUCGCCGUCCGUUGGAUGGUACCAUAAGCACCGUCUGGAUGUGUUAUACAAGAUAUGCCUAAUGGGUGUUCAAAGGUCUGUGAUUUGGAUAGAGCAGGGUGAGACAGAUUAUAGAAUAGUUCAUAAAAUAUUUGAGCAAGUCAUCAACAGUGAAAUGGCCUUUGGCGCCCAGCAUUGGCUUGUUGGAGAUGUAAUCCCAACUACUCCCACCUAA